GGCGAGGGUAUGGCUGGGCCCGGAGCCAACCCCUACGCCGCCAAUCGCCAUGCGGACGUGCUCCACGAGGAGCCCCCAGACGAGGCCGGCAAGCUGCGGCUGGUGGCCGAGGUGAAGAACCGCGCCAAGGGCGCUUUCGCCCAGAAGGACAUGCCCAGCGCGGAGCUCCUUUACGGCAAAGCCAUCUCGGUGCUGGAGAGUCUCCCGGACAAGCGGGAGGCGGCGCUGUAUUCGAACAGGUCCAUGGUCCGGCUGAACUUGAAUAAGGUUGAGGAGGCCUUGGCCGAUGCCAACAAGUGCAUCGAGGUAGACCCCACAUUUGUCAAGGCCUUUCACAGGAAGGCGACCGCGCUCACUCGGCUCAACGAGUUCGACGACGCGGUGGCUGCGGCCGAGGAGGGCAGGAAGCUCCAGCCCGACGACAAGUCGUGGACGGAGCUCGUGGAGAAGGCCCAGAAGCUGAAGGAGGAGGACGCGGCCGACAAGGCCCGGCUCAAGAAAGAUGCGCAGG